GAGCUUUCGUAUUCUGAUCCUGGCUUGUGCCUUUCCUAUUUGGCGCAUUCGAUGUUGUUUGUCAACAACCUGUACCACAACGGUUCGGAGGAGCAAAAAGAGAGGCUGCUGCCUUCGGUUGUCUCGGGCGAGCUGAUCGGCAGUAUGGGCAUGAGUGAAGUGGGGUGCGGGACGGAUGUGAUGGCAAUGACAACGAGAGCUACUCCAGAUAGGGAUGGUUGGAG